UCAUUUCGAGAAUACGUGGAUAUUGAUCUCAUUGAAGCAAAAGUAUUGAUUUGUUUUGAAGAUUAAACCAGAAGUCAAUGUGGCGUCAAAAUGGUUAUCGUUACACGGGGUGAUUAUAUAUGGAUCGAGCCCGUGUCCGGACGAGAGUUCGAUGUAGCGAUCGGGGCACGUGUAAUCUCAGCUGAAGGUCGUCGGAUUCAGGUGCGAGAUGACGACGGCAACGAACAAUGGCUGACACCGGAGCGACGCAUCAAGGCGAUGCAUGCGUCCUCGGUGCAGGGCGUCGAGGAUAUGAUAUCGCUCGGCGACCUGCACGAGGCUGGCAUUCUGCGAAACCUGCUCAUCCGAUACAACGAAAAUCUGAUCUACACGUAUACCGGCUCCAUUCUGGUCGCUGUCAAUCCGUACCAGAUACUGCCCAUCUAUACUGCCGACCAGAUCAAGCUGUACAAGGAGCGCAAGAUCGGUGAACUGCCACCGCACAUUUUCGCCAUCGGUGACAACUCGUACGCCCAUAUGCGCCGGUACGGGCAGGAUCAGUGUAUCGUCAUUUCGGGUGAAUCGGGCGCUGGCAAGACGGAAAGUACAAAGCUGAUCCUGCAGUACCUGGCCGCCAUUAGUGGCAAACACUCGUGGAUCGAGCAACAGAUCCUGGAAGCGAAUCCAAUUCUGGAAGCGUUCGGUAAUGCGAAAACGGUCCGCAACGACAACUCGUCCCGGUUCGGCAAGUACAUUGACAUCCACUUUAACAGUGCCGGUGUGAUUGAGGGUGCAAAGAUCGAACAGUACCUGUUGGAAAAAUCGCGCAUCGUGUCGCAGAAUGCAGACGAGCGAAACUAUCACAUAUUCUACUGUUUGCUAGCUGGGUUAUCGCCGGAAGAAAAGCGACGGUUGGAUCUAGGACAGGCGUCCGAUUAUCGGUAUCUUACCGGUGGUGGCUGUAUUCGAUGCGAUGGACGUAAUGAUGCGGCAGAGUUUGCGGAUAUCCGGUCGGCUAUGAAGGUGCUAUGCUUUUCAGAUCAUGAGAUCUGGGAAAUUUUGAAGCUGCUUGCUGCCCUUUUGCACACGGGCAACAUCAAGUACAAUGCGACCGUCAUCGAUAAUCUGGACGCGACGGAAAUACCGGAGCAUAUCAAUGUGGAACGGGUGGCGAAUCUGCUCGAGGUGCCGUUGCAACCGUUCAUCGACGCGCUGACACGUAAAACACUGUUCGCGCACGGUGAAACGGUCGUGUCGACGCUGUCCCGCGACCAGUCGAUGGAUGUGCGGGACGCAUUCGUGAAGGGCAUCUACGGGCGACUGUUUGUGCUGAUCGUGAAAAAGAUCAACCAGGCCAUCUACAAACCGAAGUCAUCGACACGCAGUGCCAUCGGUGUGUUGGAUAUCUUCGGGUUUGAAAACUUCGAUCACAACAGCUUCGAGCAGUUCUGCAUUAAUUUUGCGAACGAAAAUCUGCAACAAUUCUUCGUGCAGCACAUCUUCAAGCUCGAGCAGGAGGAGUAUAAUCACGAAAGCAUCAACUGGCAGCACAUUGAGUUUGUGGACAAUCAGGACGCGCUGGAUCUGAUCGCAAUCAAGCAGCUUAACAUUAUGGCGCUGAUCGACGAGGAGAGCAAAUUCCCGAAAGGUACGGAUCAGACGAUGUUGGCGAAACUGCACAAAACGCACGGGACGCACCGGAACUAUCUGAAACCCAAGUCGGACAUUAACACCAGCUUUGGGUUGAACCAUUUUGCUGGGGUUGUGUUUUACGAUACGCGAGGAUUUCUGGAAAAGAACCGUGACACGUUUAGUGCCGAUUUGUUGCAGUUAAUUUCGAGUUCUACCAACAAAUUCCUGCAGCUGGUGUUUGCGGAGGACAUCGGUAUGGGGGCGGAAACACGCAAACGCACACCGACACUUUCCACGCAGUUCAAGAAAAGUCUCGACUCGUUGAUGAAAACACUUAGCCAGUGUCAGCCGUUCUUCAUCCGGUGCAUUAAGCCGAAUGAGUUGAAGAAGCCGAUGAUGUUCGAUCGGGCACUGUGCUGUCGGCAGCUGCGUUACUCGGGUAUGAUGGAAACGAUCCGCAUCCGGCGUGCGGGCUAUCCGAUUCGACAUAACUUCCGGGACUUUGUCGAACGGUAUCGGUUCCUGAUAAAUGGUAUCCCACCGGCCCACCGAACCGACUGUCGGAUGGCUACGUCGAAAAUUUGUGCAACGGUGCUUGGCCGAUCGGACUAUCAGCUAGGUCAUACGAAAGUUUUUCUCAAGGAUGCGCACGAUCUGUUUUUGGAGCAGGAACGCGACAGGGUGUUAACGCGCAAGAUCCUCAUUCUGCAGCGAUCGAUCCGGGGUUGGGUGUACAGACGACGUUUCUUGCGUAUGCGGGCGGCAGCCGUAACGAUCCAGAAGUACUGGAAGGGAUACGCUCAACGGCAACGGUAUAAGAAGAUGCGCAUCGGGUACAUGCGGUUACAGGCGUUGAUACGAUCGCGUGUACUUAGUCAUCGGUUCCGACACUUGCGAGGACACAUCGUGCGACUGCAGGCACGCAUUCGCGGAUAUCUGGUGAGGCGUGAGUAUGGGCACAAGAUGUGGGCGGUUAUUAAAAUCCAAUCGCACGUACGACGUAUGAUUGCGAUGAAGCGAUACCACAAGCUGAAGCUGGAAUAUCGGCGUCAUCAUGAGGCAUUACGCCUGCGCCGUAUGGAGGAGGAAGAGCUUAAACAUCAGGGCAACAAGCGUGCGAAGGAAAUUGCCGAACAGCAUUACCGCGAUCGGUUGAACGAAAUCGAGCGAAAGGAGAUGGAGAUUGAGCUGGAAGAGAGACGGCGAGUGGAGGUGAAGAAGAACAUCAUCAAUGAUGCGGCCCGUAAGGCGGAUGAACCGGUCGACGAUAGUAAGCUGGUGGAAGCGAUGUUUGACUUUCUGCCGGACUCGAGCAGUGAAGCACCAACUCCGCAUGGUGGUCGAGAAACGUCGGUAUUUAACGAUCUUCCGGUGAAUGCUGGCAGUCAUGACGACAUCAUAGGUCCGAUACACACCAUCUCCGAGGAUGAGGAAGAUCUGUCCGAGUUCAAGUUCCAGAAGUUCGCUGCCACUUACUUCCAGGGCAACAUAACGCACUACUACUCACGGAAACCGCUCAAACAUCCGCUUCUACCGCUGCACACACAAGGAGAUCAGCUAGCUGCGCAAGCACUGUGGAUCACAAUCCUGCGCUUUACCGGAGAUUUACCUGAGCCACGGUACCACACGAUGGAUCGUGACAAUACGUCGGUCAUGUCAAAGGUAACGGCCACGCUCGGACGUAACUUUAUCCGCAGCAAGGAGUUCCAGGAGGCACAGAUGAUGGGUCUUGAUCCGGAAGCGUUCCUCAAGCAGAAACCCCGCUCGAUACGGCACAAGCUGGUGUCGCUAACGCUCAAACGUAAGAACAAGCUGGGAGAGGAUGUGCGUCGUCGGCUGCAGGAUGAGGAGUAUACGGCCGAUAGCUACCAGUCGUGGCUCGAGUCGCGUCCAACGUCCAAUUUGGAAAAGUUACACUUUAUCAUCGGUCACGGUAUACUGCGCGCGGAGUUGCGUGAUGAGAUCUACUGUCAGAUCUGCAAGCAGCUUACCAACAACCCUUCGAAGUCAUCGCACGCACGUGGCUGGAUCUUGCUGUCUCUGUGCGUUGGAUGCUUUGCACCGUCGGAGAAGUUUGUCAACUAUCUGCGUUCGUUCAUUCGCGAAGGUCCGCCCGGGUAUGCGCCAUACUGUGAGGAACGCUUGAAGCGUACGUUUAACAAUGGCACACGCAAUCAACCACCAUCCUGGCUGGAACUACAGGCAACGAAGUCGAAAAAACCGAUCAUGCUACCGAUCACGUUCAUGGACGGUAACACGAAAACACUGCUAGCGGACUCGGCUACCACGGCGCGGGAAUUGUGCAAUCAACUGUCGGACAAGAUCACACUGAAGGAUCAGUUUGGAUUUUCGCUUUACAUCGCACUGUUCGACAAGGUGUCCUCGCUCGGUAGUGGCGGAGACCAUGUGAUGGAUGCCAUUUCACAGUGUGAACAGUACGCGAAGGAACAGGGCGCUCAGGAACGAAACGCACCGUGGCGAUUGUUUUUCCGCAAGGAAAUAUUCGCUCCCUGGCACAAUCCGAUCGAGGAUCAGGUGGCAACUAAUCUAAUCUAUCAGCAAGUCGUUCGGGGCGUCAAGUUUGGGGAGUAUCGGUGCGAUAAGGAGGAAGAUUUGGCAAUGAUUGCGGCACAGCAGUACUACAUCGAGUACAGUACGGACAUGUCGAUGGAUCGGUUGUACACAUUGUUGCCUAAUUUUAUACCCGAUUACUGCUUGACGGGGAUUGAGAAAGCAAUUGACCGUUGGGCAGCGUUGGUGCUAACGGCGUACAAGAAAAGCUACUAUCUGAAGGAAAAAGCGGCCGCGUUGAAGGUGAAGGAGGACGUCGUGAGCUAUGCGAAGUAUAAAUGGCCGUUACUAUUUUCGCGGUUUUAUGAAGCAUACAGAAACUCUGGUCCAAAUCUGCCCAAGAACGACGUUAUUAUUGCAGUCAACUGGACGGGUGUGUACGUGGUUGAUGAUCAGGAACAGGUGCUGUUGGAGUUGUCUUUCCCGGAGAUAACAGCCGUAUCGAGUCAAAAGACGAACAAGGUGUUUACGCAAACAUUCUCGCUGUCGACGGUACGAAACGAGGAGUUUACCUUCCAGAGCCCGAACGCGGAGGAUAUACGAGAUCUGGUGGUGUACUUCCUAGAGGGAUUAAAGAAACGCUCAAAGUAUGUGAUAGCACUGCAAGACUAUAAGGCACCGGGAGAAGGAACCAGCUUCCUGUCCUUCCUGAAGGGUGAUCUGAUUAUUCUGGAGGACGAAAGUACCGGUGAAACAGUGUUGAAUUCGGGAUGGUGUAUAGGUUGCUGUGAACGAACGCAAGAGCGAGGAGACUUCCCGGCGGAGAUCGUAUACGUGCUGCCCACACUCACAAAACCUCCCCCGGACAUACUGGCACUGUUUAGCGUCGAAGAUGCACAUCACGGCAAGCGCCUGAACUCUGUCCACUCAAACGGUAGCACUGAAGGACGGGACCGGCCGCACAAUCUGGCCGAAUACUCGCUCGAUCACUUCCGGCCACCACCGAAACGGACCAUGUCGAAGGCGCUCAGCACGCUCAGCUCGAAGGGUCGCGGAGGCGACGAGCUGUGGCGCUACUCGCGCGAACCGCUCAAGCAACCGCUGCUGAAGAAACUGCUCGCCAAGGAGGAACUGGCGGAAGAGUCCUGCCUAGCGUUCAUUGCCAUCAUGAAGUACAUGGGUGAUCUGCCAUCGAAGCGUCCACGCAUCGGCAACGAAAUUACCGAUCACAUCUUCGACGGGCCGCUCAAGCACGAGAUCCUGCGGGACGAGAUCUACUGCCAGCUGAUGAAGCAGCUGACGGACAAUCGGAACCGGCUGUCGGAGGAACGUGGCUGGGAGCUGAUGUGGCUAUCGACCGGUUUGUUUGCGUGCAGUCAGCAGCUAUUGAAAGAGCUCACCCUUUUCCUGCGUACCCGGCGUCAUCCGAUAUCGCAGGAUUCGCUGCACCGGCUGCAGAAAACGAUCCGUAAUGGGCAGCGCAAAUAUCCACCCCAUCAGGUUGAGGUGGAAGCGAUCCAGCACAAGACGACACAGAUCUUCCACAAGGUAUACUUCCCGGACGAUACGGACGAAGCGUUCGAGGUCGAUUCGUCGACGCGCGCCAAGGACUUCUGUCACAACAUCUCGCAGCGGUUGAAUUUGCGCUCGAGCGAAGGGUUCAGUCUGUUUGUGAAGAUCGCCGACAAGGUAAUCUCAGUGCCAGAGGGAGACUUCUUCUUCGACUUUGUGCGCCAUCUGACGGACUGGAUCAAGAAGGCACGGCCAACGCGGGACGGUUCAAAUCCACAGUUCACCUAUCAGGUGUUCUUCAUGAAGAAGCUGUGGACGAACACGGUACCCGGGAAGGAUAAGAAUGCGGAUUUGAUCUUCCACUACCAUCAGGAGCUGCCGAAGCUGUUGCGUGGGUAUCACAAAUGUUCGAAGGAGGAAGCGAUCAAGCUGGCAGCGCUGGUGUACCGUGUGAGGUUCGGUGAGAGUAAACAGGAGCUGCAAGCAAUACCUCAAAUGCUACGCGAGCUGAUACCGUCCGAUUUGAUCAAACUGCAGAACGUGAACGAUUGGAAACGAUCGAUCGUGGCUGCGUACAAUCAGGAUGCCGGCAUGUCGCCGGAGGAUGCCAAAAUUACAUUCCUUAAGAUCGUGUACAGAUGGCCAACGUUUGGUUCAGCAUUCUUCGAGGUGAAACAGACAACCGAACCCAACUAUCCGGAAAUGUUGCUGAUCGCGAUCAACAAGCACGGUGUUAGCUUAAUUCAUCCCACGUCUAAGGACAUCUUGGUAACGCACCCGUUUACACGCAUCUCGAACUGGUCAUCCGGUAACACCUACUUCCACAUGACGAUCGGUAACUUGGUGCGUGGUUCGAAGCUGCUGUGCGAAACCUCUCUCGGCUACAAGAUGGACGAUCUGCUGACGUCCUACAUUUCGCUUAUGCUGACCAACAUGAACAAGCAGCGCACGAUUCGUGUCAAGUAA